GAGGUUCCCUUUAUAGUAGAAAAUUGAUUAGAUGGAAAAAGAUAUGAAACUGUUCAGGGUUUAUCCUUAGAAAUAAGGCACUAAUCCAUACCACAUACAUGAUACUAUCCAGACACAAGAAGUACAUCCUUCUCUCCUCUCCUACCUCAGGCAGCAAGUUGAAUGGUCCUUUGAUUUAAGACCAUUCAGACAUUUUGAGCUUUACUUACUGUCAUACACAGUCCAAUUGUCAUGGUGUCAGAGUCAAAUGAUGGACAAGAAACACAGGAAUUGUCUAGACCCAACGGAGUUCGUAAAGAACAAGCACUAGAUGGGGAUGACAAAACUAAAACAAGACAUCCUCGAUGGACUAGGCAAGAAACUUUUGUCCUCAUUGAGAGCAAGAAGGUUGUAGAGAACCAAUUUCAAUGGAGUCGCAGAUCCACCUCAGCCUUGAGAUCAGAUCAGAUUGAAUCCAAGUGGGAUUCAGUUUCAUCAUAUUGUAGACAGCACGGUGUGAACCGAGGACCUGUUCAAUGCCGGAAAAGAUGGGGAAACAUGUUAUGUGAUUUUAAGAAGAUAAAAACAUGGGAGUCUCAGCAGAUGAACGAGGCUGAAUCAUUUUGGAUGAUGAGGAAUGAGCUGAGGAGAGAAAGGAAGUUGCCCAGUUUCUUUGACAAGGAAGUUUACUAUCUCUUGGACGGGAGGGUGAUCACUACUGAUGCAAUUCCAUUGUCACAAAUCACUUUCAAGAAACAAAUGGAUUGCAUUGAUAGAGACGAGGCAGCAACAGCAGAGGAAGAGGAGGAGGAACAUGAAUACACCGAGGCAAAUCUUGAUAGCAGUCAGUGUGCUAGAGCAGAAGAUGGUUUAUUUCUGGAAUGGGAACAACCUGGACAGGAUAAAACUUACUGGAGCUCCAAGAAGGAAACUACAGCAACUGGGAAUCUGAGAAAGACACGGGCAAAUCCAUUGCCCAUAUCAUCAGUGCGUGCAGGUACAACCAAAAAACAAAAUCUAGGAACUAAAACAAGGAAAGGAUCGAUGUCUAGGGAGGGGAAGAAGAGGCGCUUAUCAUCAGAUGAAAGUGAGGACCCUGAUCUUGAGGAUAGAUUGAUCAAAGUUUUAGGGAGGAACAUGAGCAUGCUGAAUUCCCAACUAAAAGCUCAAAAUAUUAAUUGUCAGCUGGAUAGAGAGCAAAGGAAGGACCAUAAUGACAGCUUAGUCAGUGCUCUCAAUAAGCUCACGGAUGCUAUAGUAAAAAUUGCUGAUAAGUUAUAAGCUAAUGGUUCAAAACAAAGAGAUGUUUGUGAAGCUUCCUACAUUGUAGUUGAGCAUUAUGACAUGUGUUAGCCUGGGUUUUGCUCCAGUUUCUUCUUUAUGAAAAUAAUCGACGUGACUUGCAUCAGA